AAGAAUUAGAGAUGCCAUAUAAUUGUACCAAAUUAUCAGCGGAAGAAUAUGUAAACAUGGAUAAGAAAGUGCAAACAAUGGAUACACCAACUGAAGAGUCUAUUGUUAAAGAAGUUCUUAAAGAACAAGGUUUGAUUGAUAAUAAUGAUUCGGAUAGUGAGGAUGAAGCUGAGGAAGAAGUUAUAGAUGACUUGGUUACAUAUAAUGAGGGGAAAGAAGCAUUAGAA